AUGCAAGCGGUGGUACUAUAUGUGGUGGGUGAUUCUCCAUCCAUCGGUGCAAUUGAGCGAUUCAUUAGUACUCAGUGGAACUUUGCAUCAAAGCCAAGGGUGCACUAUCACACAGAUGAUUACUUUGUAGUCAAGUUCAACAGCUUGGAGGACAAGAAUGAGGUAUUGUACUCCGGACCUCACACUAUGAAUAAUAGGCCUGUGAUAAUCAAACCAUGGGCAGCCGAUUUUAAUUUCUGUGAUGAAGUGUUGAGAACCAUUCCAAUUUGGUUUAAAUUCCCGAACCUGCCCUUGAAUUGUUGGAGUAUGGACUCGUUGAGCAGGAUAAGUAGUGGAUUGGGAAAUCCUAUCUAUGCAAAUGCUUGUACAACUACCAUGGAUAGAAUAUCCUUUGCUCGAGUCCUGAUUGAGGUGGACAUAACUCAGCCAUUACCAAAGAAGAUUAAUGUCAAGUGGAGGCACUAG